UUCGACAAAAACCGGAAAACUCAUAUCUCAAAGCAAAACCCCCGCCGUGUUCUUCUCUUUACGGAUCGAACCCAUCUUCAUCUCCAAACCCAUCUUCUUCUCAUAACCCAUCUUCUUAGAACACCAUCUUCUGAAAACACGAGAUUAGGGUUUUCAAUUUGGGGAUUUGGAGGAGGAGGAAAAAGGGGGAGGGGGGAAUUUCUCGGUACAUUAAUCGAUAAAUCUGGAUGAAGAAGAUGAGGAGGAAGACGAAGACUCAACAAUAACAAGAACAACGAGCUGGGUUACUUGGAACAGUAGCGGAAGAAGAUCAUCGUUGAUAUCCUCUGCCCGAGGUGGUCUGUUUGUCAAGGGAGGAAUCGAAGUUCUAAGAACAACAAAUCUGGGUCGAAAUUUGCUUCUGAUUCUAAAAGUGGAUCUCGAAAGAAAAUUGAAUGUCAAUGUUGUAGGAUACCAUUCCCCUUUUGUUGAACUUCAGGGUUUUAUCCAUUAGAGUUGGGAGAUUGAAGCUGGCUAGAGUUAAGCAAGAGUAUUGCUGGGAGCUUAACUGAUGGAUAGGUCAUGGAUGCAUGCUGAUAGGAGGUCUUAUGAAUAUAAGCUAGGAGUGAAGGAGUUUUGUCAGUUUGAUGUUGAUAAUGCUAGAGACCCUAAUCGCAUUUGUUGUCCUUGCACAAAAUGUGGAAAUGUGAAAGACUUUUCUGCACAAGUGAUAAAGGAUCACUUGUUUCUAAAUGGGAUAGACGUAGGUUAUGAUAAAUGGACAGAACAUGGGGAGGUUAUGGUACAGUCAGAAUCAGAUAGUGAUAUUGAUAGCGCAGAGACAAAGGGUGUUGAAUCUGAAUCUGUGGAGGGUAAUGUGGGGGCAGAUUAUGAAGUACAAUUAGAUAGUGAUGUGGAGUUGGAAGGCAAUGAGAAUGAUGAGCUUUCAACUGAGUGUAAUGAAUUCAGGCAGUUUGUAGAAGAUGCCAACAAACCCUUAUACCCUGGUUGCAAUAGGCACACAAAGAUGAAUGUGUUGGUUAGGCUUUACAACUUGAAAGCGAAGCAUGGUAUGAGUGAUGCAGCAUACUCCGACUGGUUGAUUGCCUUUGCUGAAUUUCUGCCCAUAGGAAACGAGAUACCUGCCUCUGUGUACGAGGCAAAGAAGACUUUGAGUGCAUUGGGAACGGAUUACACCAAAAUACACGCUUGCCCGAAUGACUGUAUUCUAUAUAGAAAACAGUAUGCUGAUGAAAUGUGUUGUCCUACAUGUGGUAUUUCUAGGUGGGAAGUCUGCAAAAACAAAAAAGAAAGGGAGGGAGUACCUGCAAAAGUGUUGUGGUACUUUCCACCGAUUCCUAGGUUCAAAAGAAUGUUUCAAUUGAUUGAAACAUCGAAGAGUUUAACUUGGCAUGCCACCAACAGAAACCAGGAUGGCUUAAUUCGGCAUCCUGCAGAUUCUGCAUCUUGGAAGUUGGUAGAUGAUAAAUGGCCAGAUUUUGGUAAUGAGCCACAAAACCUACGGCUUGCAUUGUCAUCAGAUUGGUUCAAUCCCCAUAGUUCCUUAAGUAGCAAGUAUAGUUGUUGGCCCGUUAUUUUGGUAACCUAUAAUCUGCCUCCAUGGUUGGUAAUGAAGAGGAAACACAUGAUGCUGACCUUAUUGAUAUCGGGCCCUAAACAACCGGGAAACGACAUUGAUGUUUACCUUGAACCGUUAAUAGAUGACUUGAAGCUGUUAUGGGAAGGGGUGAAUGGAUUUUACGAUGCCAUUAAGAAUGAAACUUUUACCCUUAGGGCUUUACUGUUCUGGACAAUCAAUGAUUUUCCAGCUUAUGGUAACCUUUCAGGAAGUAUAGUGAAAGGCUAUAAUGCAUGCCCUAUUUGCCUUGAUAAAAUAGAACCUACAAGGCUAGUUCAUGGAGGAAAGAUGGCCUACACCAUUCAUCGGCGGUUUUUAGGAAGACACCAUCCUUAUCGAAAGCUAAGGGUUGUUUUCAAUAACCGGCCAGAACAUGCAACAGCUCCAGUGCCGUUGAGUGGAGAAGAAUUGUUGAGGAGGUUGGAGGAGGAAGUUCCACAGUGGCCGCACUGCCUUGAUGUCAUGCACAUUGAAAAAAAUGUGUGUGAUAGUCUAAUAGGGACGUUGUUGAACAUUCCCGGAAAAACCAAGGACGGACUGAAAACUCGUUUGGAUUUGGCGGAAAUGGGUAUAAGGCAACAACUGCACCCAAAUCUAGAUGGUCCAAAAAAGAAGCGCUUGCCAUUGGCAAGCUGGAACCUAACAGUAGAUGAAAAAAAAUGUAUGUGUGGAUCAUUUCAUGGCAUGAAGGUUCCUGAAAACUAUUGUUCAAACAUUUUAAGCCUUGUUUCAAUGGAUGAUUUGAGGCUGACCGGACUUAAGUCCCAUGAUUGUCAUGCCUUAAUGCAACAGCUACUCCCAAUUGCUAUCCGAGGGGUGUUGGAAAAACCGGUCAGAGUUGUAGUAAUCAGGCUUUGCCUUUUUUUUAAUGAAAUUUGCAGCAAGACUAUAGAUGCUUCAAGGCUUCCAAAAAUACAAAGUGAUCUGGUCGAAACUUUGUGUGAGCUUGAGAAGUAUUUUCCGCCAUCUUUCUUCGACAUAAUGGUUCAUUUAACAGUCCACUUGAUUAGAGAAGUUGAGCUAUGUGGACCGAUUUGUUUUCGAUGGAUGUACCCUUUCGAAAGGUAUAUGAAGGUGUGCAAGGGCUAUGUUAGAAGUAAAAGGCAUCCGGAAGGGUGCAUUGCUGAGUGUUAUAUAGCUGAAGAGGCGGUUGAGUUCUUAGCUGAACUUCUCCUUGAUGACAAGACUGUUGGCAUCCCAAAAGAAAACUACAUAGUUGACAAGCCUACCUCUGGUGCAACUGUUGAGUCAGUUUAUGGCAAAGAAUUUCAACAAGCUCAUCUAUGCGUGCUUCAAAACACUGAUGAAUUUAGAAGCUACUUUUUGGAACACACGGAGCAUUUGAAGAGGGAGUUUCCCAAGUACAAAAAGAAUAAAAAAUGGCUGGUGGACAAACAAAACAUGACUUUUGCCCAGUGGGUGAAGGAGAGGGUUGAAUCACAGCUUGCAGAACCAGGUUGUGACAUCCCCGAGAUUGUGAGGUGGCUAGCAGAUGAACCAAGCAAUGAAGUCCCGAAGUUUAGUGAGAAUCAGAAGGGUGUUAGAGUAGAUGAUCUUGGGUUCACUUUGGUUAAUCUGAAUAGGAAAGGUUAUCUAAACGAUAGUUUUGUUUUAGGAAAAAGUGUGGAGCAAAUAUUUUAUGUUGAAGACCCUGUAGAUCGUAGGUGGCAUGUUGUGGUGAGAGUCCCAAAAAGAGACUACCAUGAUUCUGUUGAGGAUGAUGAUGUUGGGGACACCAUUCUUUCUCACCCCCCCCUCCCCCCCAUCGCAACUAAAAUGCCUACUAUUCAGUCACUUGAUAACUCUCCGGAUGAGGAGCCAAUGGGUUAUAGGCGUGCAGGGGAUGAGGAUAUAGUAGUUGAGGGAGAGUAG